AUGGCCGCCUGGAGAAGGAAGGAGACAGCCGAAGCAUACUACCUCGCGGCCGAUGCCGGCGACAGAGGAAAGAAGGUCCCCAAGGGGUACCUCCCGCUGGCGCUGGUGGGCGAGGAUGGGGACGGCGACGAGCGGGUGCUGGUGCGGGUCGAUGCGCUCAAGGAGCUGUGCAUGGCGGCGCUGCUGGAGAUGGCCGCGCAGCAGUUCGGCUACGGCCAGCCCGGCGUCCUCAGGAUCCCCUGCGAUGCACAGCAGUUUCACCAAAUGGUCGCGGCCAUGUGCAGCAAGACCAAAGCCACGUAGGAUAGGUAUUAAGUAGUGAUUAUUACUGCACAUCGUCCACCUAGGAGAAACAUAGAUUGGAAGAGGGAUGCCCGUAGACAAAUUACAAUCACCUCA